CUUAUUUGAGGUGCUGACUGGCUUAACCUGCACACGGAUUGCUUGUUAGAGGCUACUGUUGCUUGGAGGUUGUUAAAAAGUCGUUGUUUUGAAGGGAGAAGUUUGUUUUUGCGCGUGGGUUUGUGUGAAGCGAGGUGGUAACGUGGCGGCGGUAAUGCGGUAGGUAGAAGCGUAACGUUAUUAGAAGGGAAUUUUCGUCAAAUGAAAUGUGCUCUGUACCGUGUGUGGCGGCUCUGCGCAGGCUGCCGCGGUGGUGACUCCUGCUGCUGGAACACUCUUACUGAACCGCUAGUGAAUCUAUUGAACUCUCCACGCGCUGAAACACAAGAGAAAAACUGACAGAAAGAGAGAGAAAUCAGAUUGGAAGAUUGUUUUUCUGUUUAAGUCCAUCUCUGAAUUUUUUGUCCGAGCAUCACACGCAGCUAAGUCCGUCCGUCCGUCCUUCUGUCUGUCUUGGUUUGUGUGGUCUCGUCUCGUCUCGUCUCGUCUCAAUCUCGGUCUCGUCUCUUUCGAAAUCUGGCGCAGCGUAAGGAGAGAGCAUCGUGAGCGCCGCCGUGGGGAGCGUCAUGUUGGCUGUCAUGUCUGGCGUCAAGAGGGAACGUCCCCCAACGCCCACACCGCCCACGUCCCCCGCCCACCACCACCACCAACACCACAACCACCACCACACCCUGCACCACCCUCCCACCACCACGCCGCCCACGCCACCCUCACCAAACGCCAUGAAUGAGCCGCUAAACUUCUCACGCCCACGCCCGCCUUCCCCGGACACAUUCUCCACGAACUUGCACGCCCGUCUGAACCUGGAGAUGGCGCGGGCAGGGCUGGGCGUAGGGCGAAUGGGCAUGCUAGGGGGCGGGGGGCAGCAUGGGCGGCUUAGUGGGUUGGUGCCUCCGCUCCUCCCCGCCUCGUCACUCUUCCCUCACUUGAGAUUCAGCGCCGAGGAAGGGGAGGAGCGGGGACUGAAGCGCCCUCUGGAAGACCUCGAUCUCUCGCCUUUGGAGGGAGCGCCACGCCCUCGCCUGGAGCCGCCCCACCUGGAGGAGCCGCGCCGCAAGCAACGCCGCUACCGCACCACCUUCACCACCUACCAGCUGGAGGAGAUGGAGAAGGUGUUCCUCAGCACGCAGUACCCUGAUGUGGUCACCAGAGAGGAACUGGCUAUGAAGAUUGGACUGACGGAGGCGAGAAUUCAAGUGUGGUUUCAGAAUCGUCGAGCCAAGUGGAGAAAACAGGAGAAGAGUCUGAACGGUGGCUCCUCUGCCUCGCCCUACGCAUCGCUAUCAACGAAACUGAACGCCGCAUUCCCUGCCUACUCACGCCCACAUCUCACCAAGCCUCACGACGCCCCACGCUUCCCAACAUCCCUCCUCCACUCCCAAGCCCCAUCCACCUCCACCUCCUCCCCAUCCCCGGCUCCAGCUUCCCCAUCCUCCUCCUCGUCCUCCUCCUCCUCCCCGGCCACCAGUCACAGUGUGUUCCCGCCCCUCCUGCCGCUCGUCAGGGACCACCGCACUGCAGCAGCCGCCGCCGCCGCCGCCGCUGCCUACAGGUACCCUCUCUUCAACUCCCUCAGCAGCCCGCUCCUGUACCCCCCGUCCUUCCACGCCCUGCUGGCACAACUCUCCGCCCAACACAAGGCAGAUGCAGCCCAGGACGCCACGCCCGAGCCCGGCCACGCCACAGCACCUGACGAGGCUUCUGACGUGCCGCCGGAUGCAAGUCCGCGGGGCGCCGGCUCUGAUGCCAGCCUUUACAAGAUCCUGAAGACUGAAAACGAGGAGGAGGCGGAUGAGAAGGAGAAAGAGAAAGAAAAGGAGGAGGAGAGUGAGGUGCGGGGCGUGCCACAGUACAACAGUAGCGUCAUCAAGGGACUGGAUCCCCGCGCCUCUGAGCUGCCCCGGCCUAUGGACGUGAAGGGCCUGGCGGCGCUUCGGGCCCUGGAGCAGUACCGCACUCUGGACCUCAACGCCUUGGAGGAGUACCGCAGGGCCCUGGAGGCGCGUACUCUGGAGGCCCGUGCUGCACAGUUCACCCAUGCCCGGGCCCAGGCCGAGGCGCAACUCACCCACCCCUCCACGCCCUCCCCGGACCCUGCCCCUCCCACACACACCCUUCCGGAGUCACCUUCUCUGCAGGAGGAAUCGCUGCCUGUGAAGCGCCCUGAGUACCACAUUGACGCCCUGCUGAAGAAGGAGGUGUGAGCGUCUGCCCUUUCCCUGCCCUCUCCCUCCUCCCACCCGCACCUGAAUGCUACCUCCUUCCCCCACCCCCCCACACAUUCCCGUGACAACCUCCCCUUCUGUGAAUAGAGAUGAACUGUUACAACACCGUCAGGCAGUAUUGAGCUUGAGUUUAUAUCACGUAGUACGCUGAAAGUUUUCUUCUACUACUACUACUACUACUACUACUACUACUACUACUACUACUACUACUACUACUACUACUACUACUACUACUCCAUAACAAGCAGUAUUACCAGUAGUCUCCAUGAAUGCAAGUCAGGAAUAGCAUUUAGCAUUACCCAUCUUUUUCUAGUUCGUAUUGUUAUGUUUACCUCCUCGCUACACCCCUCCACCUUCCCAUCCGCCCUGGAGUGGGACGGGACGGGAGGGGGUAGGGGGACAGUUAGCUAGCCACCAAAUGUUACUUUAUUAAGAUGCAACGGUGGUGAGAGUCAGUACCUCCGCUAGUAUGUACCGUUUGGCACCCUCAUCUACCUAUACCGUACCGUCCUGUACCGUUCUGUACCGUCACGAGGCAUGCUGUUUACCGACCGUCCAUGUUGCCUCGUACCUUACAAACACACCGUUCCGUCCUGUUCCGUUUGUAUAGAGUUACAUACGUACCAUCUAUAGCUUUACUGUACCUUUAUUAGCAUUACACCGUCCUGUACCGUCACGUGUGUAUAGUGAUGUACCAUUUAUAGCUUUACCGUACCAUUACACCGUCCUGUACCUUCAUUAAGCCGUCACGCACCGUCCUUACCCACUACACACACACACACACACACACACACACACACACACACACACACACACACACACACACACACACACACACACACACACACACACACACACACA